UGGGGAGACGAACUUCUGCAGGUUGCUUGCUCCUCAUUGGCUGAAGAGAUGGCCCUCGACCCUUCUGCGCCGGGUGGCAUGGUCACGUACCGGCGAACGCUGACCCUCAGCCUCUUCUACAAGUUCUACCUGACGGUGCUGCAGAAGCUCAGGCUGCAGGGUGUAAAUGUGGAGGAGGUCAGGUCAGACUGUCAGAGCGUGACAGAGAUUUACCAUCCAGAGACUCCAUGCGGUGUUCAGAUCUACCAGGCGGUUCCAGAGGGGCAGAGCCAGGAUGACGUGGUUGGCCGUCCCAUGAUGCACCUGUCAGCUCUGAAACAGGCAACAGGCGAGGCGAUUUACUGUGACGAUGUACCGCUGUAUGAGAACGAGCUCUACCUAUCGCUCGUCACCAGCAGCAAAGCUCACGCCUAUAUCCUCUCCAUAGAUACCUCAGCAGCGGAGUGUAUGCCCGGUGUCGUCUGCUGCAUAUUGGCUGAUGACAUCCCUGGCAGUAACGCCACUGGACCGGUUGAGUAUGACGAGACAGUCCUCGCUGACCGCCAGGUGACCUGUGUUGGUCACAUCAUUGGUGCCGUGGUGGCCGACACUCAGCUUCAUGCUCAGAGAGCUGCCAAAGCCGUCAGGGUACAGUAUGAAGAGCUGCAACCUGUCAUCACUAUCCAGGUGAGACCAGCUACACCUGGAGCUCUGCAGAGUAACUUGCCAGUUAACAUGCCACAUGGAACAAAUUAAAUCCUGGACAAGUUGUUCAGCUAAC